AUGGAGCAUCGUCUGGGAAUUAUAUUGCAGAAAUGUAAAACAGCCAACCAAUUGAAACAAAUCCAUCUUCAAAUUCUCAUCAACGGAUUAAAACAUAGCAACUUUUUAGCAGUCAAGCUCAUGCCACUUUCCUCGGACUUGAUCUCUUUCGAUCACGCUCUCAAACUGUUCAAUGAUUUGCCGACUCCAAAUCUCAUCUUUCACAAUACAUUGAUCAAGUGCUCGAUCGGAAAGUCCCACAAAAUCGCAGCCGUCGCUUUCAACCGAUUGCGAGAGUCCGACAUUUUGGCAAACAGUUUCACUUUCACAUUUCUGCUUAGUUGCUUCGCGUCGUUUCAGAAGCUGCGAUGCGGCGAGACGGUUCACGGUCAUGUUUUGAAGAUCGGAUAUUCGUGUAGCGUGUUUGUGAUGAACAAUCUCCUGGAUUUCUACAGUAAAUGCGCGGCGGAUUUGGGGGUAGUCGUGAAGGUGUUCGAUGAAAUGUCUGAGAGAGAUGUUGUCUCGUGGAACACGAUGAUUAGGGCGUACAUGAGCUGCGGGGAGGUAGCUUGCGCGAUGAGGCUGUUCGAGGCGAUGCCGGAGAAGAAUUUGGUGUCGUGGAACACCGUUGUUUCGGGGCUCGUGAAGGGAGGCAGGAUGGAGCUGGCUGAUGAGGUUUUCCUGCGAAUGCCCGAGAGGAAUAGCGUGUCUUGGAACACGAUGAUCUCGGGUUACAUCAAGCUAGGCGAGUUGGGAAGGGCGAGGGAGUUGUUUGAUCAGAUGCCGGAGAGAAGCGUAGCUUCUUGGACGACAAUGGUCUCGGGCUAUGCGACGAAUGGCGACAUUGCCUCUGCGAGAAUGGUAUUCGACCAAAUGCCGUCGAAGAAUGUGAUCUCGUGGAACGCUAUGAUCGCUGGCUGUGUUAGCAACAGCGCUUUUGACGAGGCUUUAUCUGUUUUCCAAGAAAUGCUGGUCGAUGGCAGAUGCAUGCCCAAUCAGACGACGCUGAUCAGCAUCCUAUCUGCCUGCACGCACUCGAAUUCGCUUGAACACGGGAGAUGGAUCGAAUCAUACAUGAGGAAGAACAAAUUCGAGCUCUCGCUUCCCCUAGGCAACGCCCUGAUAGACAUGUUCGCCAAGUGUGGGGAUCUAGAAAGCGCGGAGAUCAUCUUCCACAAGAUGCCCCGGAGAUGCAUCAUCACUUGGACCACGAUGAUCUCGGGGCUGGCAGUAAAUGGCCGUUGCAGGGAAGCCCUAGACCUCUUCGACACCAUGUGUGCGGAAGGCCAGGAGCCCGAUGAUGUGAUCUUCAUCGCGGUGCUCUCAGCCUGUACCCAUGGAGGGCUGCUCGAAGAAGGGAAGGCAUUGUUCAACCGAAUGGUGCAGGAUUUUGGAAUUGAGGCGCGGAUUGAGCACUACGGAUGCAUGGUGGACGUUCUUGCUCGAGCAGGGAAGAUAGAGGAAGCCAUUAGGUUUACAGAGAGUAUGCAUUUGGAGGCUAAUUCAGUGAUUUGGGCAACUCUGUUAUCUGCUUGUAAACUCCAUGGGAAUAGGGAUUUGAUGGAGUUGUUGAACACAAAGAUUUUGGAACAAGAGCCGAAUAAUGCCAAUUAUCUGAAGCUGAUCACAGACUUGAGCUCUUCUGCUGGGCAGUGGCAGGAGGCAUCGAUUUUUCGAGUGGCUGCUCGAGAACAGGGGAGGGAGAAAGUUACGGGCUGCAGCUCGAUUCACGUGGGAGAAAGUGUUCAUGAAUUUGUUGCUAAAGACACCAGCCAUCCACAGAGAAAGGAGGUUUAUAAAGCUUUGAGGAGUUUAAAUAGACAAAUGAAGCCUCUGUUUGGUGUCAAUGUAGAUUCAACUUUGUCAUGUUAAUUGCACGUAACCGAAACUUGUAUCAACAGUUAUGUUCUAACGCGUUUCAUUAUUAAUCACAACCCUCUAAAUUUCGCGGGUAAUUCAGGUCA